UAAAAAAUGGCGAGCUAUCUUUCAUUCUUGAAAAUUGAAGCAGAGAGUUUCCGCUGCUGCAAAAGAGCUUCACCCCAAUUACUUCAAUGGCAGCUCUAAUGAAGAGAAGCUGCAAAUUAUCAUCUGUUUACAAAUGUAAUUUCUUCUCUUCUACUACUGCUGGUACAAUCCCUUUGGUUGAUUCCCCUUCCUUUGCUCAGAGGCUAAGAGAUCUCCCUAAAGAUCUCCCCGGUACCAAAAUCAAGAAAGAAGUUUCUCAGCUUAUUGGUCGAACGCCCCUCGUUUAUCUUAACAAAGUUACCGAGGGCUGCGGCGCUUAUGUUGCCGUUAAACAAGAAAUGAUGCAGCCCACUGCCAGCAUCAAAGACAGACCGGCGUUUGCCAUGAUCACUGAUGCCGAAGAAAAGGGCCUCAUCACUCCCGGAAAGACAACGUUGAUCGAGCCCACAUCAGGAAAUAUGGGAAUAAGCAUGGCGUUUAUGGCGGCAAUGAAAGGCUACAAAAUGGUACUAACAAUGCCUUCGUACACGAGCUUAGAAAGAAGGGUUACUAUGAGAGCUUUCGGAGCUGAUUUAAUCCUCACCGAUCCUACUAAAGGAAUGGGAGGCACCGUCAAGAAAGCUUAUCAGCUUCUAGAAGCUACCCCCGAUUCUUUCAUGCUUCAACAGUUUUCGAAUCCUGUAAAUACUCAGGUACAUUUUGAGACAACGGGUCCUGAAAUAUGGGAAGACACUAACGGAAAAGUCGACAUUUUUAUUAUGGGGAUCGGAAGCGGUGGCACUGUCUCCGGAGUCGGACAAUACCUUAAAUCGAAAAAUCCACAAGUCAAGAUUUACGGGCUUGAGCCGGAAGAAAGCAAUAUUCUGAAUGGCGGUAAACCAGGCCCUCAUCACAUUACUGGCAACGGAGUUGGAUUCAAACCCGAUAUCCUCGAUAUGGAUGUAAUGGAAGAAGUUCUUAUGGUUUCGAGUGAAGAUGCUGUCACUAUGGCCAGACAAUUGGCACUAAAAGAAGGCCUAAUGGUUGGGAUUUCGUCGGGGGCUAAUACAGUUGCGGCACUUAGGCUUGCAAGAAGGCCUGAAAACAAGGGCAAACUCAUUGUGACUAUUCAUCCGAGUUUCGGAGAGCGAUACUUGUCGUCGAUUUUGUUCGAGGAGCUGAGGAAAGAAGCUGAGAAUAUGCAGCCUGUUUCAGUUGAUUAAGGAUUUGUAACAUAUUUUAUAUAAAAAUAAAUUAAAAAAGCUUGUGAAGUAUGUAAUAGUUAAAUGAUUUAAUGAAUCAAUUCCAUUAUUGAUUUUAUGAUUGUGUUGUUGCAUAUUUAUCUAAUUUUUAUUUAUUGUAUUUGAGUGA